AAAAUCUUCCAAGGCCGCGUGGAUUAUACGAGACAACCUUUUGCCGAACGUAUCUUUUAAUUCUUGGGCAAAACAAACACUAUUUAUUGAGAUGUGUGUUAUAGGAUCAAACGCCUCCAUCGAUACUGGUUCAAGUCACUGUCCCUCUUCUCUCCAACCACCGAACAUGGAACAACGCUCUCUGCACGUGGUGGCCCUACCCUUUCCAGCUGAAGGCCACAUCAAACCCAUGUUUAACUUAGCAAAACUUCUUCGCCACAAAGGCCACAAAAUCACCUUCGUCAACACCCAACACACCCACAAUCGCCUCCUACAGUCCACUGACUUACCGUCCUUCGACACCGGUUUUCGCUUCACAUUCGUCGCCGAUGGCUUGCCUCACGACGUUCCUCCGAACGACUUCAGCGUGAUACUGUCUUCGACCAGCAGGUCCAAGGUUGCCGAGGAGUUCCGAGAGAUGUUGAGGAGCUUUGUCGAGAAUCCUUCGCAGUGGGGCCCGCCUUCUUGCGUCGUUGUCGAUGGAAUGAUGUCAACGAUUGCCAUGGACGCUGCUGAAGAAUUGGGGGUUCCGGUCAUCGUUUUCCGAACCUACAGUGCCACUGCGACGUGGGUCACAAUCCAUGUAAGCAAAGUAAUUCAGGAAGGAGUGAUGAAGAUGGAGGAUCCGGAAGAUGUACAAAAGGUGCUAUCAAGCAUUCCAGGGUUAGAGAAUUUAUUGAGAGAUUGUGAUCUUCCAUAUAUUUUCAAACUGAAACCUGGACACUUUGGUUUCGAUUGGUACACUAAAGAAACCUUAACCAUGACGCGAGCUUCUGCUCUUAUACUCAAUACAUUCGAUCACUUAGAAGCUCCCAUUAUCACCAAGCUCACUACUGUGUUUCCCAGAGUCUACUCAAUAGGCCCUCUUCACACUCUCCUCAAAACCCAAGUCACGAAAAACCCUUCAUUAUCCCUUAGUGUUGCAAAAGAAGAUAAAAGUUGCAUAACUUGGCUCGACAAUCAAAGGGAAAAGUCAGUUAUUUAUGUCAGCUUUGGCUCUGUGGUUAAGCUUUCAGGUGAGCAGUUCUUGGAGUUUUGGCAUGGUUUGGUGAAUAGUUUGAAGCCUUUCUUGUGGGUUGUUAGGAAGGACUUGAUGAAUGAAGAAGGUGGUUUUCUCCAUGAGAAUGUGCCUAAAGAACUUGAGUUGGGUACUCAAGAACGGGGGCUGUUGGUGCAAUGGGCACCUCAGGAGAAGGUUUUGGGCCACCCAGCUGUGGGUGGUUUCUUGACACAUUGUGGUUGGAAUUCUACAGUGGAAUGCAUUGCUGCAGGUGUGCCUAUGCUUUGUUUUCCUUCGAUGGUUGAUCAGACAAUCAACCGUAGGAGUGUGAGUGAACAAUGGGGGAUUGGAGUUGAUGUAGAUGGGACCUGUGAUAGGUUCAUUAUUGAGAAGAUGGUGAAGGAUGUGUUGGAGAAUCGGAUACAAGGGCUCAGAAACUCCGUGGAUGAGAUUGCAAAACAAGCUCGUGAUAGUAUUAAAGAAACCGGUUCUUCUACUCGUAAUAUAGACAGUAUGAUAAACGACAUCUUGUCAAUGAAGGAAAAAAACAUUGAGCAUGAGAAAUAGUUCGUCGAAGAACAUUGAUGAAGCAUGUUUCUUUUUGAUAUCUAGCUACUUUCGGAAUCUAAUGUAAUAAAUUUUAGUUUAUAACUUAAUAUGUUAUUUUAUCAUUAUAAAUAUAACAUGAUUUUUUUUUUCA